ACGUACAUCCGUGGUUUCGGCCACGCUUUGCCUUCCUCAACCACCAACAACAAGUCUCUCGCUGUGCAGUAAAAACAGAACAAAACCUCCAACAUGCCGAAAGCCAAGAAGUCAGGGAAGAGAAAGAAGUUCGACUACACCCAAGACCGGAAGAAGUUGAAGAAACAGACCUUCAAGAAAUACAACCCGCGGAUAGAAAAUACACAGAUCAGAAAUGCGUGGGACGACAAUAAGUCCACGAACAGGAACCUGCAGGAGAUGGGUCUGGCUUUUGAUCCAAACCGCACGCUGCCAAUAGCGAAAAAGAGCCUCCUCGGUGAAGAUAAAGUGACUAAAGCUCCGGUCGGCAUCGUGACGAAGCCCUACGUAGUCAACCAGCUGCAGGAGGAGGCCGACCGCCCAGAGAAAGACUCAAAGACGCUGUCCUCCGACCUGAUGGAGUACGCUCAGUACAUGAUGCGAGAGCACGGGGACGACUUCAAGGCGAUGGCCCGGGACGAGAAGAACUACUACCAGGACACACCCAAACAGAUCAAGAGGAAGGUCAUCGAGUACCAGCGGUGCCACAAGGAGCACUACGACGCCUUCGUCCAGGCGCUGGCCACUCCACCGCCGCCGGUCCAGUAAAGAGACUUUAUAUACGUCGUCGUGUGUAUCCGGAUCUCACUCUGGAGACACAAACAGGACAGAAGUCCAGUGUGAGGACCGCAAGACUUCAGGACCUUUCUGUUACUGUCCUCGCUGUAAAGAUUUCCUGUUUUAAUUAUUCCCCAUA